AAAAGAAGCUCAAGAAAGAAUAGAAAAUCUAUUCCACAUCAAAAGAUUUCCAGUGAGAAGAAGAAGGGGGGCUCGAGCCGUGUGCUGCUGCCUUAACGGGCCCUGGAUGGAAGGAGUGGGCGGAGUCUCAUCGUCGUCCGUGUAGUACAGAAAGAAAACCAACGGCGGAUGAGGUUCUUUUCUCUUUUUUUAUUUUAUUUUUUGGCCUUUUUUUUCUCUCUCCUCUCGGCUGUUUGUGUGUUUCACUCGCUGCUGCUGCUGCUGCUCAGUCGGUUCUCCCUACUUGGACCUGACGGCUGCGUGUUUUCGACUCCGCCGCGUGUGUCCCGCCGUGUGUGUCUGUGUGUGUGUGUGUGUGAUGCGUUGCUGCUCGAGCGUCACCUUCAUCCGCAGUCACGGGGCGGAUGUGUUUCUGUGUUGAGACAUUUAUUAGAGAAGGAAGAAAAAAGACAGUCCAGCCGAGUUCACUUGUGUUGUUUGUUAUCUCCUCAAACCUCCAAUGGAUACGUCGACCGGUACCAGCAGAAUUUCGUGAAAACUGUGAGAAAACAACCGACAUCUUUGGUUUUUAUUUUCGCAGUCCUGGAACAUUUUCAGACGUCGCACCCCACCCUCCGUUUGUGUGUCUUGGAGAGCCACUCGGUGAGAAAAGGGGCGGUACCAAAGACAGAGAAAGAGAAGGGGGGAAAGGCGGAGGUUUGACAUAGGAAGCCGGAAGGAGAAUCCGGAUGUUGGGGAUAAGAUGAGCGAAUGUCAUGUCGACAGUAACAGCGUCCUCCUCUUCUUCUUCCGCCUCUUCGACAUCCAUGGCGCCUUCACGCUCGGCCACUGCCAACUUGACGGCCAAUAACAAAAUGGAAUUGGUUUCCACCGGAGAAUCCGGCCCACCCGUUAGAAUGUUUCAUCCGACGACGACGGCUCCCCCGUCGGCCCACCAUCCCCAACAACAACAACAGCAGCAACAGCAACAACAACAGCAACAGCAACAACCUCAGUCUCAGUCGCCUUACCGAUUCGGAGCUCCCGACAGCCGAGCCUCGUACAGAGAACAGCGCGUGAUGGGCAGCGGCCGCUCCAUGACGGCUCACAAUCAUCCGUCCGGAUCCAGCGGCGGUGGUGGAUCAUCGUCGUCGUCAUCAUCAUCGACCGGGCCGUGGCACCCGACCAACAAUCAUCACCAGUCGGGUUCUUCUGACGCCGGCCAAAAGUCCGGCCGCUCCUUCAGUUCCGGUAUGGCGUCUCUGAGUCGCUCCAACGGCAGUCUGGCCGGCACCGCCAACAAUUCAACUCAUCCCGCCGCCUCCUCCUCCAACAGCGAAACGGACGCCAACGGCAACAGCAAACCGCGUUCCAGAACUCAGACUCCUGGGAACGUUGGAGGAGGGUCCUUGUCCGGAUCGAGCGCAGCGGGAGGUGGUCCCCACGUCCUGCCGAGUCCCGUCAGUUCAAACGGUUCCGGCAAGCAGCAGCAGCAGCGACAGCGCGGCGAUUUCGGCGGCAGUCACGGCUCACUGGACGCCCUGGCCAGCGGAGCCGAGCGCGAAAGCUUUUUCGCCCUACUGCGCGACCUCGGCGCCCAGAGCAGCGGAAGCGGAAGCAGCAGCAAUGGCAACGGCAGUCUGGUGCCCAGUCGCUCGUCGCCCGAAAGAGAUUUGGACGAUCCCGUUCACGCCAAACCGGUCGGAUGCGCGCCCAGCCGGCUGGCCGAGCUGCUCAAGCCCAACUUUCAUUCGACCAGGGCCGCCGUGACUAACACGCAAUCGGAGCCAGCCGGAACGGCUCUACCGUUGCCCACUGGCUCUUACUCUUUGGCUGUCCAGCAACAACAGGCCGUCAUGCUCCGGCGCAGCACGCCGGAGCCUCCAGUCGGAACAGGUGUCCAGCCACCGGUGAGCCGAAGCGCCACUCUGCCGGCGGAUGCAUCCAGUCCGAAACCCCGUUCCAAAUUCCAGCGAUUUUGGGACCGUGAUCGUUCCAACAAGGAGCACAAACCCUCCAGCAUUCCGGCGACGACGACAGCCAUCGCCGCCUCGGUCGUGGCCGUCCAAACCGGCGCGUCUUCCUCCUCUUCGGCCAGCAACUCGACGUCGAGAUCCGCAUCGGAGCCGUCCAUCUUCAAGCGGCUGCGCGGCGGCGGUGGCAACGCGUCCAGCGGCAGCGGCUCUUCCUCGUCGUCCAAUUCCAAGGGACUCAACGGGAUCUCAGGAUCGCCGGAACCGGAUCUGUCGACGAUGGAGCGCGACGCCAGCGACAUGGAGGCCAGACUGGACGAGCGGCUCAAGCGCAAAGCUUUUGCCCAUCACGACUGUCAGAGCAUGAGCGUCAACUUGGGUUACGCCGCCCGGCUGCGCGGAUUACUGGCCCAGCGCCGCAACACCACGACAGGAGCGUCGGCCGCCUCGAUGGCGUCGGCCUCUUCUUCUUCCGCUUCGUACAACUCCUCGUCAGCCAUGGCUCAUUCGUCGUCGCUGGCCGCCGCCGCUUCGACCGGCUCGUCCGGCAGCCUGUCGAGCAGCGGCAAAGGCAAAUUGAAGACGCAGAUGAGUUUCCCUCCUCCGGCGGAAGUGGCGCUGGAUGCCGUUCCACCGACGGCGCCCGUCGACGAGGUGGACACGGGCGACGGCAAGAGCAACCAGCUGCUGCACAGUUGCCCGUUCUUCCGCAACGAGUUGGGCGGCGAGCCCGAGUGGUGCGUCGGCGUCUCGAGGUGUUCCAGCCCGCAGCUCCAGCAGCCGCAGCAGCAACAUCCGUCGCCGACUCUCCUCCAUCGUCCCAUCAGCACAUACGGUGUCAGCGUCCUGGAAUUCCCGCCCGGCAAAUCGCACUGGCGGCACGGCAUCUGCCCCUAUCAGAAGCAGCCGUCCGUCCUGGAACGCGGCGACCAGGGCGCCUUCUACUACGGCAACCAUUUCUACGCCCAAGAACAUCAAAAUUGGUUUGGAAUGGACGAGAACCUUGGGCCGAUUGCCAUCAGCAUCCGCCGUGAGAAGAUGUCGCCCAGCGAGAGCGAGUCCAGCAGCGGCCACCACCACAAUCACCACAACCACCACCACAACACCCAUCACAGUCACCUCAAGGAUCAGUACAUUUACAGGAUCAUCAUCCGGACCAGCGAGCUGGCCACUCUGCGCGGGACGGUGCUGGAAGAGGCCAUCCCUUCGCUGAAGCCGCCUGGACCCAAAGGUCUCUCCCUGCGCGAAGUCCUGGACAUGGUCUCGCCGGAAAUCCACCUGCCUUGCCUGCGGCUGGCCAUCCCGGGCCCCACUACCGAGCAGCAGCUUCUCAAACUGGACCAGCAGGGAUUGUCCAACCACUACAAGGUGGGCAUCCUCUACUGCAAGGCCGGCCAGUCGACCGAGGAGGAAAUGUACAACAACGAGGAGGGCGGCCAGGCGUUCGACGACUUCCUCAACCUGAUCGGCCAGCGUGUUCGCCUGCGGGGCUUUGAAAAAUACAAGGCCGGCCUGGACAACAAGAUGGACUCUACGGGCCUGUACUCGCUGUAUUCGCAGUACCAGGAUCGCGAGCUCAUGUUCCACGUCUCGUCGCUGCUGCCGUUCACGCCCAACAACCGGCAGCAGCUGUUGCGCAAGAGGCACAUCGGCAACGACAUUGUGACGAUCGUCUUCCAGGAGCCGGGCGCCCUGCCUUUCACGCCCAAGAACAUCCGCUCGCAGUUCCAGCACGUUUUCAUCAUCGUCCGCGUCUUGCACCCGUGCACCGAGCACACGCAGUAUCAGGUGGCCGUCAGCCGCUCCAAGGAGGUGCCCAUCUUCGGGCCGCCCAUCCCCGGCGGAGCCACUUUUCCCAAAUCGCAGGCCUUUGUCGAUUUCUUGCUGGCCAAAAUCAUCAACGCCGAACACGCGGCCCAUCGCUCGCAAAAGUUCGCCACCAUGGCCACGCGGACGCGCCAGGAAUACCUCAAGGAUUUGGCGACGAAUUACGUGACGGGUAACACGUUGGAUAGCGGAUCAAAGUUCCCAAUCUUGACGUUCAGCAGCCGCAAAAAGGAGCGCCUCAAACCGAAAUUCUUCCCGGACGCCGUCCAGGCGGGUGCCAUUUGCUGGCAAGUGUCGGUGGAUGACUUUAGCGGCGGCGGCGGAUCGGUCCGGCAGACUGACAGCUUGCUGGGCAUCUCGGGCGACAGCCUCGUCCUCGUCGAGGAGAGCACCAAGGAGUGCAUCUGGGCCGUCUCUUGUAAAGCCAUUCUGGGAUGGACGUCGUCAACGUCCAGCAUCAAACUCUAUUACCAUCAAGGCGAGUGCAUCACCGUCCAGGGACGAGAUUGCGAAGCGGAUGAGAUCCCCGAAAUUGUGGCCCGUCUGCACGCGGUCACGUCUGGCUGUGGCACGCGUGAGCUCUCGCUCCGCAGGAAUGCCGUCGGGCAGCUAGGAUUUCACGUCCAACCCGAUGGAUUGGUGACGGAAGUCGAGCCUCACGGGCCAGCCUGGCAGGCGAGUUUACGCCAAGGCUUCCGGCUGGUGGAAAUCUGCAAGGUGACGGUAGCGACGCUCAACCACGAGCAGAUGGUGGACCUGCUGAAAACGUCGGCCAUCGUCACGGUGACGGUCCUGCCGCCCGUCGAUCCCAACACUCCCCGACAGGGUUGCACGCUCCAGAGCUGCUCCUACAUCGUCGGCAGCAUAGACGGCGAGUACGACAACGUCGACGUCGCCGGCGAGGGGAUGGAGAACGGAAACACGACGAUACGCAGUUCGGGAGCUGUCCAGCAGCAGUCGGUUUCGAUCCACAGCCGGCGGUUGCGCUACGAGCGUAGCGUCUCUCCACCGCGAUCCAGCAGCAGUUCAGGUUACGGCACGGGCAGUAGCUCUCGGUCGUUCACAGUCCAGGGAGCCGCCGCCCUAGCCGCUUCGGCUGCCGCUGCCGCCGGCGGCCCGACCAUCUCGGCCAUCGUCUCGACUCACCCGGAAGGCACUCUGAAAUCCACUUCCAGCGGUCACUCCAGCGACGAUCCGUGGUACGAUUUCAUGCCCGAAGUGCUGGAAGCCGAACUGCUCAGCAACGGACCCGGUGGCUCCACCACUUCGCCUCCGCCCCUGCCGUCCAGACAGGGCCCUCCGCCCAGUCGGCUCCGUUCCGGACACAGCUGCGAAAACUUCACGCCCCCCGCCAUUUCCGUCCACCAACCCUCGCCGGCCAUGGAGAACCUCCAGUCGAGCAGGAGUCAAGAUCCGAUUUUCCCGCACGACGGGUCGUCGCCCGUCAAGAACCGGCCGACGGGACCGCCCAGCAGCGUCUAUUCCACUCCGCCAACCAAAGUCAAGCCCAUACUGGAGAGUCCCAGUCUGGUGGGCCGGAUGAGCAACUACGAAGACCUGCGGAGGCUGCAGCAGACGACCAGCAGCUCUUCGGCCGCCCCGCAAGAAACCGCCGGCGGUAACAGUAAUAAAGUCCGUCCGCUGAAUCCGCCCGAUUACCACCACGCCAUGCAGAGUCGUUUGGUCGCCCUGAAGACUCCCGACCAGCAGCACGGACCCAGUCGCAAAUCGCCUUCGACGUCCACUUACGCUUCGCGGAGCGAGGACGAGCUGUCGGCCGGAAGCGCCAACAGUUUGUCGCCUCGCAGCCGCCGGAAGCACAGCAAGAGCAACGGAGCCGGAAAUUUGACUCCGUCGAGCGGCAGCAGCCGGAAUCAGAGCCCGCGGAUGUUCGUCGAGGCCAAACUCAAGUCCAACGCCAACGGAAGCGUCUGCAGCGGCGGAAGUGGCGGUGGCGGAGGCAGCGGACAGAAGCGGUGCAGCACAAAUCUCCAGGAAGAGCUGCUGAGGUUGAUCAGCCCGGAUGCGGUUGACGAAGUCACAGCUGACAUUGACUCAUCCGUCAUUGUCACUCACGCUCGGCCGGCCAACGCCGUCCUCUCUUCCGCCAAUUCAUCCGUCCAGUCGGCCGACAUGGCCGACCUUCCCGACUCGGAGGAGAUGGACUGGUCCCGGUUGGUCCACGCCGCCGCCAGGGCCAUCCAGGGCACCGCGUCCUCCAUGGUUUCGGCUCCGGAAGACGUCGAAGAUGAUCUGAUGGACGACGAGAUCGAAGAGCCGACGCGAGACGGAAGUGACAACCAAGAUUCGCUCACCUCUUGGAUCGACGACGUGACGGAAAAAUUACGACUGGAAGCCGAGUCCGCCGAUAGUCCUCCUGGAGGAAUCGGUUCGACUCUGGUGAUGGAUAAUGUAGUGCAAUUGCGGAUGAAUCAACUGGAACAGCACGUCGGAUCGCUAGAGAACCGGCUCCGCGGUGAGGAGGAUCGGAGGCAAGCCCUCGAGGCGGAGAUCCGCCGGUUGCGGGAAGCCAAUUCUCGUCUUGCCGGCGAGUCGCAGACAGCCGCCCAGCAACUGAAGCGCUUUACUGAUUGGUUCUUUCAAACUAUCGAACGACCUUGAUUGAGUGAUUGUGACUUGCAGAUAACCCAAAUUCAAAAUUUUUGCGGCCUUAUCCACUUACGUCAAAACAAGAAAUCACCACACACACACUCCUCUUUCGAGUGGUGUGUGUGUCGUUUGCAGUUCUACUUUUAUGUGGUCUUGAAAAAUUUCGUCUAGCGCAUUUUCUAUCGGAAACAACUUUGUUUUUCAGAUCAAAUUCCUUUGGCCUUUCCCACCAACAUCAAACUUGUCUCUUCUUUAUUCUUUCCCCAUUUUUUUUUAAAUAUUAUGGCCAUACUCUUUUCUUUUUUUUAAUUUUUUUUUUUAAGAACCAAAGUGUGUUUAUUAUUAAUAACUAUCAUUCGUGAAUGUUUCGUGUCUCUCUUUGUUUCAUAUAACUCCAUCCAUUUACCUGGGCCUUUGUGUACAAAAUGUAUUUCUUCAUUUAUAUUAAAUACUCCUCUUUUUUUUUUGGUCUUGUCUUGCUCCUCCUUUUACAAUUCCAGUAAAAGUUGGUUUCCUUUUGGCUUACGAGGCAGACUCCAAUGUUUUCCUGUCUUGUGUUUUACUUCUUAAUAUUGCGUCUCUCGUUAUUCCCCCAUCAGCAGACUCAUCUUUGUUUUUUCUUUUGUAUUUUUUCUCCCUCCCUCGUCAGGGUUCUCUCACGUUCUACAAAUUUUCUACUCUGCCUCCUCCCACGCCUUUUUACAGAGAUUUGGUAUUCUUUAUAACUGCCCGACUCGUUCGAACAAUCACUACUACACUCUGCCUUUUUUAUACAUACAAAAAAAACUAAGUGAAAUUUGUUGUUCGUUACCUCAUACGGGGUAAUGCAAAAAGGAUCAAUAAUUCUAGCCGUUUUUAUUACAAAAUGUGUUUUUUUUUUCUUCUGUUGUCUCCCAUCGUCCGCGAUACACCGAAUCCGUCUCCUUCAGAAAUAGUAUUUGAAAGAGUUGUAUCUACACAUGAUAAUACAAUGGAUUCGUUUCUUUUGCUUA